AUGCCUACCUCGGUACCCGCUUCUUCAGAUCCAGAUCGAUGGAUAGAACAUAUCCGACAAUGCAAGCAUCUGCCCGAACGGCAAAUGAAAGCGCUCUGCUCUCGGGUCCGCGAUUUGCUCCUCGAAGAGUCAAACGUCAGACUAGUAGAAUCACCGGUGACUGUUUGUGGAGAUAUCCAUGGUCAAUUCUGGGAUGUACUGGAGAUCUUCAGGCAGGGAGGGGAGGUACCAGGAAGUAGCUAUAUCUUUAUGGGAGACUUCGUAGAUCGAGGCUACUACUCGCUAGAGACAUUAUCGCUAUUACUAGCUCUGAAAGCUCGAUACCCCGACCGGAUUACCUUGUUAAGAGGGAACCAUGAGUCUAGGCAGAUCACUCAGGUAUAUGGGUUCUAUGACGAGUGCAUGCAGAAGUAUGGGAACCCAUCAGUAUGGAAGGCAUGUUGCCAGGUAUUCGACCACCUGAAUCUCGCAGCAAUAAUAGACUCCUCCAUUCUCUGCGUACACGGCGGCCUCUCACCCGAUAUUCGCACACUAGACCAAAUCCGCAUCAUCCCCCGCGCCCAAGAAGUUCCCCACGAAGGCGCCUUCUGCGACCUCAUGUGGUCAGAUCCGGACGAUGUCGAAGGGGGUGCUUGGGCGGUAUCGCCAAGAGGAGCGGGUUGGCUCUUUGGCGCCAAAGUCACCGCAGAGUUCAACCACAUAAACGGCCUCAAUCUGAUAGCUCGCGCGCAUCAACUGGUACAAGAAGGCUUCAAGUACAUGUUUGACGAAUCCCUCGUGACGGUCUGGUCGGCUCCGAAUUACUGUUAUCGAUGUGGGAACUCGGCGUCGGUCAUGCGGGUGGAAGAUGGUGGUAAGACGACGUUUAGGGUGUAUGAGGCGGCGGUGGAGAAUUCAACGGAUUCCAAGAAUCCGAUAUUGAGACGAAUGGGGGCACCCAAUUACUUUGUAUGA